AACCGAGGCAAGAGUUAAAUACACACCUAAAUACGCGUACAGCCGAUCGGCGAUAGUAUAAAUACAGAACUCGGUGCACACCGAAUUCAUCCUCACUUCUCUUCAAGUCGUCAAACCGGCAAGAAAACUCACCAAAAAAUCACCAUGUUCAAGCUCGCGUGUCUCUUCGCCUUCGUGGCCGCCGUUUCAGCCGGACAUCUUGCGGUGGCUCCUGUCGUAGCUGCGGCAGUUCCGGCUGCACCUUUCGUAACGGCCCGAAGCAGCCAGAGCAUAGCGAGGAAUUACAACACCCUGGCUGCCGCCCCCCUGGCCUACACAGCCCCCGCGGCCGUGGCCGCCCCCUUGGCCUACGCCGCCCCCGCAGCAGCUCUUCCUGCCAAACUCGCCUACGCCGCCCCGGCUUUCGCUGCCCCCCUGACUUACGCUGCCCCUGCAGCCCUGCCAGCUCCUCUGGCUUACACCGCCCCAGUUGCUCACGUGUCGCCGUACGCCGCCGCUGCCCCUCUGAUCCUGAAGAAAUAGGCUGGAACGUGGAACGAUUAUUUGCUUAUUUGAUGACGAAUAAAGAAUUAUUGAUAUUGAAAAAAUAA